CUGUGUGGGUGUUUACAUGCGCGCUCUCAGUACACACGGAGCGUCGCUCAAAUGAGCACGUCGCGAAUGAUAACACGAUAUUUUAGUUCCACAAGCGACAAGGAAAUGUGAUCGAAAUGCCGCUGCCCGACCUCAUUAAGAGAGCGUCCAGCUACUUCCUAGGUUUGGACUUCGAAGACAACGAGGAACCGCCCGAUUAUGUCGACAAUGAAAUAUUGUUUUGCAAGAACAAUGUUUGCGUCCAUCCUCCAACGAUUGCGCGACACGAAUUAGAUAUCGUACACCAUCCUGGAUACUUAACUGUGACCACCAAGGUAUUUACUGACCAGCACAACAACUCGAAACGGCCAACUCUAUUUUUAAAUUGGAUACCUAAUUCCACGCUCAAGAAGUGCCCAUCGGCAGUCGAGAGCAGUCCUAGUGAGGAGCUAGGCCUCACUAUUCAUAAACCGACAAAUCCGAAAGAUAUACCGUGUCAAAAAACAAAUAGGAAGAAGGCAAAAGUAGAUGCAAACAAUGAACAUGCGUUCUCGGACUCCUCAGAAACUACAAGCCUCAAUUCCAACUUUGAUAAGCAGAGCAUUAAAUCGACAGAUACUCGGUUUACACAGAAUGAUACAACGGACAUGUCAUCCAGUUCGAAGCCCACUGUAAAAUCUUCGGAUAUCAAUAAGAAUGGUUAUCGUUUAGAGAAGGAUGAAUCGAAGGAGCAAAUCUUCGAGUUCGAGCGCCACGUACGUUCACAAUCAAUGACGUCGGUUAAUAUAACGAUCGCUAAUCCAAACGUGGAGAAUAUCGAUUUGACCCCGGACUCGUUGUCGAGUGACAGGUUCAUCAGGUCACUAUCGCUGAGCUCGUGCGAUGAGUGCAAUCCCAACUGGAUGAGCACGCCCGAGUUCUUGGCGCUGAAGCAUAAUUUAGUUUUCCCGGACAGUGUACACAGUUCCCCCGUGCCGCAGCGGCGAGCGCCGAUAAAAUGUCGAAGGUUUUCGGUGGACCUGAGCCAGAUGCGAUCUCUUCGCCUUUUCUUCAAUGAUGACAACUGCACGUGCGGGCAGCUGGUGGUGGCGUCGCGGGAAUCGCAGUACAAGAUUCUGCAUUUCCACCACGGCGGGCUUGACCACCUCGCCCAGGUGCUUCAUAGGUGGCACUCCUUGCUGCACAACAUCAAACUCACACCAGGCUCCGAAGAACCUAACUUACCGUAUCGACACUUCAUGGUUUGUCGUCCUGAAGUACAAAAAUCAGAACAGCAUCCGGAAGAAGGGAAGGUAUCGAAAAUAACUCCGGAGUUGUUCUAUGGAAAGAUUAUGAACAGCAAAGGUAUUAUAGAAGAUGAUCUCUUUUUGAGGAAGUGUGUCUUCUUUGGAGGUCUAGACAAAGAAUUAAGAAGAGAAGUAUGGCCUUUUCUUCUCCACUGUUACCCUUAUAGUUCGACGUACGAAGAGAGGGAAAUAAUAUUACAAAUUAGAACAAGAGAAUACGAAGAAAUUAAUAAGAGAAGGUUGGAGAAAAUGACACCGGAACAGCAUGCGGUGUUCUGGAAGACGGUUCAGUGUGUUAUAGAAAAAGACGUGGUCAGAACGGACAGAGGAAAUCCAUUUUUCGCUGGCGAGAAUAAUUAUAAUAUUGAAAUCAUGAAAAACAUUUUAUUGAAUUACGCUGUUUACAAUCCGGUGCUUGGGUACACGCAAGGCAUGAGUGACCUGUUGGCACCAGUGCUCUGUGAGAUCAAGUGCGAGGCAGAGGCGUUCUGGUGCUUCGUGGGGCUCAUGCAGCGCGCGAUCUUCGUCUGCACGCCCACCGACAAUGACAUGGAUAACAACCUUAGUUUCUUGCGGGAGCUUAUAAGGAUAAUGUUGCCACAUUUCUACAAACACUUGGAGAAGCAUGUCGACGCCAUGGAGUUGCUGUUCUGUCAUCGGUGGAUACUAUUAUGUUUCAAGCGUGAGUUCACGGAGGCUGUGGCGCUGCGUAUGUGGGAGGCAUGCUGGGCCACCUACCAGACCGACUACUUCCAUCUCUUCCUCUGCCUCGCUAUUAUCGCGGUCUACGCUGAUGACGUCAUCGCACAGGAUCUCAACACAGAUGAAAUGUUACUGCACUUCAGUUCCCUGGCGAUGUACAUGGACGGUCGGUUAAUCCUGCGUAAGGCUCGAGGUCUCCUCCAUCAAUUCCGGCAGCUGGUGCGCAUUCCGUGCACCCUGGCGAGCAUGUGUCAGCGCUGCGGCCCUGGUAUCUGGGACUCUACGCAUCGCCCCAGCGUCGAAUGCACCGGCGCGCAUGACAUCUGCGCAUACGCAGUACAGUAAAUAAACUGGGUAUAUUUAAAC